CUUUGCACAGCAAUGCUGUUGUACUCAUAUAGUCAAUCUUAGAGCACGGAUAAAAAUGGCAGGUGCUCAGGCUAAAGAAAAGAUAGUGGACUAUGUUCACCAGAAUGCAAUUCACGUUGAGACCGUGAAAAAAGAAAUGCACAACUUGAAGCUGUACACAGAAUUCAGGAUCAAUCCCUUCAAACCACUUCAUAUUUUGACCGACAAGCCCAUGGGAAGGAACGCCCAGGCGAAGGAGGAGGGAGACCCUGCUUUCCUGAAAAUCAUCAACGGCGCUCGGAAGGAGCCUACGAAGAAGUACACACACCCGCAGACCGAGAACCAGGAGAUUGGCUGGAUAUCCACUCCUCUGGUUAUUCCGGAUCGCAGCGACCGAAGACUGAACUUCCCUCGCCAGCAGUGUGAAAUCACCAAGUUCAUGGAAGCAGCGUGGCGUCUGAAAGAGCAGACAGAAAACCUUCGCUAAGCGUUUCCUCCGUUUCACUGUGCGAAGGCCUCAGUUAUAAGCGUCACUCAGGACCGGACAAGAGCUCAGAAUGUAAAUGAACACGAAGAUGUACUUUUGAAUGACGUUACCUCUGUGGAUACUGAGAUUUACAUUCGCUCAUUUCAAGCAUUAGAGUGAGAGAGAUGGAAAGGCACAAAAACUUUCCAAAAUUCUUCUGGUGUACGAGAACGUGGUAAAUGUCCCUACACUGAUGAAAAUCUUUGUGAAACCCUUAAAUGUCAUCUAAUUUAAAUGUUGAAUCUUCUCUAUCCAUGAAUCUUUUGUGUACAUCUUCAUAACAAUGUAAAUACAAAAGA